GGAUCUCUCCAUCAGGAGUGCAGCGCGUGCAGUAGCAGCAGUUUACUAACCCGCGCAGCAACUUUACUCAGAAAAAAUAUCUGGUGAUCUUUUUUUUGGAUCUUUCAUCGCUUUGAUCUACUUUAUCCUCAAAAGAAAGCAACGAGUGGUUCGUCUGAAUUAAGAGUGGUAACGUAUAUCAAGAAAGAUGGAGAUGACACUAUUGGACCCCAACUCCACUAUAUCAUCUCUAUUUUUCUCUCCAGUGGAGGACGGCCACAAUGUCUCAGUGAAUCGUACCUCCUCUCGUCAAUAUCAUUAUCCAAACAUCACCUACGUGGACUUCUAUCUGCACGAGCCCUUGGUGUCUGCUAUCUUCAUUGUAUCCUACCUCCUCAUCUUUAUUGUGUGCAUGGUGGGAAAUGGAGUGGUGUGCUUUAUUGUGCUAAGGAGCAAGAACAUGCGCACAGUUACCAAUCUCUUCAUUCUCAACCUGGCCAUCAGUGACCUGUUGGUUGGCAUCUUCUGCAUGCCCACAACAUUGGUGGACAACAUCAUCACAGGCUGGCCUUUUGGCAGUUUGGUGUGUAAGCUGAGUGGGAUGGUGCAGGGAAUAUCGGUAUCCGCCUCUGUCUUCACUUUAGUGGCUAUUGCAGUAGACAGAUUCCGCUGCAUUGUCUAUCCCUUCAAACAGAAGCUUACUAUCUCCACCUCCACCCUCAUCAUUGUCAUCAUCUGGGUUCUGGCUAUCUCCAUCAUGUGUCCGUCUGGUGUUAUGCUACAGGUCACCAAAGAGCACAGGGUCUCCAUCUUGCUAAGUGAUGGCAACACCACGCAACCCUUCUACUGGUGCCGCGAAAACUGGCCAAACCAGGAGAUGCGCAAGAUUUACACCACAGUUCUCUUCGCUAACAUUUAUUUGGCACCUUUGACACUGAUUGUCAUUAUGUAUGCUCGGAUUGGACUCACACUCUUCAAAACAUCAAUGCCUGCUGCUGUGAGCCAAGUUGGGACCUCAGGCUCCAGUUCUGGCUCUGGAAAACGUAGCAGAUAUGAAAGUCGUCAACUGGUGUCCCGAAAAAAGAAGCGGGUCAUUAAAAUGUUGUUAGUGGUGGCCCUGCUCUUCAUCCUGUCAUGGUUACCAUUGUGGGCUCUCAUGAUGCUGAGCGACUACGCAAGCUUGAGUGAGCAUCAGCAUCGCGUCAUAAAUAUCUAUUUUUAUCCUCUGGCUCACUGGUUGGCGUUCUGUAACAGCAGCGUCAAUCCCAUAGUCUAUGGGUUUUUCAAUGAGAACUUCCGUAAAGGUUUCAAGGCGGCCUUUAAGCUUCAGCUCUGCUCAGCCCUUUCGGGGAAGAGAAGAAGCUACUCCCACCGACUGCAGGGGAAUGCUGUAUUGCCUGCCAGUUUGCCCAUGAUCAAGGAGUCUGCACUGGAGGCUGGGGGUCCCAGACCAGGGCAAGGGCUCAUCCAAGGGUCGGUGUCUCUGGGCAAUGGUGACAGAAACCAGUCUUCAGGUCAGGAGAACAUAAAAGAACAGGAUCUGAUCAUGGAAGAUCUGGAGAAGGUAAUGUAUGAUGUAUAGGUGCUUAAUGAUCUUCAUGGAACCUGUUCAAAGGUACUGUGCACCCAGAUGUUUCUUCCCCUCUCGUUGACUGUUUUACUGCUGGGGGACACCAUGAGUUUGUCUUUCAUCUUAUUUCAUCUCUUUCAUCUUCAAGGCAAGGAUGUGCUCUGCCUUUUAUCACAUGAAAUUAAGACAGUAUCAUUCCAGAACGGCAGUUUAAACUGGAGGGUUUAAUAUUCAGCAAUUGUGUGUGAAAAACACAAACAAGGCCAUUUUGUGGACCUAGCUUUGACUUAAGAUGAGCAAUGAAAUGACGUCUUACUGGAUGCCAAAUUAUACCCAAUGUCUUUCAUGGAUGUUCACGCUUACACCCGGUUUAACCUGAGGAAUGCACCUUGAGAUUCAUUUAAAAUUACACCAAAUGUCAAGACCACAACUAGUACAGAUAUUCCCAUGGGAAAGGUUUCUAAAGCAGACUGAAGUACCUGAACAGGGGAUAUUUGAGGGGGAUUUCUAUUGCAUCUCUAGAUCUGGAAGGUAAAAUUACUCCAUUUUGUCAAAAUGGCUUGUUCAAUUUCUUCUCUUUGAGUUGUGAAAUUGACUACCUUUUUAUUUUUGUGCUGCUUGCUCAACCUGUUCACUUACUAACCAUGAUUGAAUAAAUGCCAGCAACAAAACAUGUCUCUUGCUGGGGUGUUUACAGGGUGAAUGUAGUAGGUCUUGGUCUGUGAGUAUCAUCACAAGUAUGAAUCUGUAUUAGCAUAAAAAUAGUUGACUGUAACAGGAAGGCCAUUUUUCCCGUUAUUUUCACAAACACUCAGCAGUUUGUGCCCUGACAUAGAGGACAGUGCCUGAGGAUCUUUUCAGACUCAAAAAUGCAAUGUAAAUGAGCUGCUGAACAAGAGCUGUGCCUUAAAAAGAUGGCAUUAGCGGUCCGAAACCAUGAGAACUUGAACGGCCUUAUGUGGAAUGAGUCAAGAAACACAUCCACGAGGGAAUGGCAAGCUUGUCUCUGGUUAUUGCAUCUGACAUUUAUGCAUAUUUCACAGUUUCGCUAUUGGUGAAUGAAAAUCUAUGCUGGCUAUGUUGUAUGUGUAGAGAAAAGACCUCACUUCAAAAUGAAGUUCUAUUGUCUGUCUUUCUAAUGUAAAUCUGGUUUGAAUGAUGUGUGAACAAUGCAUAAUCAAGCAAACAAUCAUUAUUAUUUUUUUCUUUUCUAAAAAUUCUGUGUAAUUUGUCUCUGAGAUGUCAAUGAUCAAAGCAUAUACAUAAUGAAUGUUAUGUUGUCUAAUGCUCAAAUUACAAAAGUACUAAUUAUAAUUAUACAGCGCCACUGCUUGUUGCAUAAUGUACAUCAGACAGAGAACAAGAGUUAGAGAGAGAAGCAAGUCCUUGUUGAGAUAUGUUACUGGUUGAUGGUCAUUAUGAGCAACUUUAUAUUUUGUAAAAGUGAAAAGCAGUGUGGUGUGUCAUUCUACUUGUCAUGUCAGUGUGUUGUGACUGCAUAAUCAUGUCUUUAAAGCCCUAUUUAUGGGGGAAUAUUUGGCAGUAUAUUUGUUGGAUGUUGGAAUUGUUAAUGUUACCAUUGGAACAUAUUCAUUCUCGACCAUGAAAUAUGCUAUAGGAUAAUAUAGGCCUAUAAACAACAUUAUUUUGACACACUGUCACACAGUGGACAGGAAAAUUAUACAGUAAGCAUCUAAUUUUGUCUCUUCUCUAUUUCAAAGUUGUUAAAUGUCUCCAGCGCUGGAAUUCACACGACGUUCUACAUUUAUAUUCAGUUUAUUCUUCUUAAGCAUCUGGAAACAGUCCCAACAUUGAAGGAGUGAGGUGAUAUGCAAUGGAUUUACAUGAUUCCCACGUAUGUCAUCCACAGUAACAUCAAAAAACCUUCAGGUCUAUCAUUCUUUUUCUGAACACAGAAGUCUCGACUGACUCAUACCAGCCAGAUUUCUACAUUUCUGUUCUCCAGUGUUUCUGGUCAAAUUUGUGUAUUUUCCUAGAAGAGAAUGUAACAUUAAUCUGACAAAAAAAAAAGCAUAAUAUGGUUCCAUAGUGCUGACACUUUGUAAAAGACAGUCAUUCCAACACUGCAAAGUCUCAACAGAGAUUGUUCUCGACAGUUAAAUGAAUGGGUAUAGGUGACAUGAAGUGGCGUGAAUUUAUGUUGAUAACAUAUCCUACAUACAGCUCUGAAUCGCAUCCAAAUUAGGAGCACUUAUACCUUACUCGCAUACAAUAAGUUUUGCCAUCCCCUUUUUCUCUCAUAAUUCAUUGACAUGAUGCAUAUGGUGACAGAAACAGAUAUUUUAUUUCAGGUUUGGUGGUGGACUAAUCAAUUAAUUUCAGAAAUUAUUUUAGUUUAUUGCUGUUUUACAUCUACAUUACAUUUAUUCAUUUAGCUGACGCUUUUAUCCAAAGCG